AUGAAAAACAAUUAAUAUAAAAUUAGAGUAACAUUAGAUAGUACUCCUUCAACUUAUUAAACUACUGAAACUUUAUCUUUAUGGGAAAAUUUAUAAAGAUCAAAAGAUUCACCAAGAAAAUCUAAAAUAAGAAUUGCAAGAGACCCACUUGAAAAUGAAUGUCCUUUAUAAUAACCGAAUCCAUUUUUAUUUAAUGAAUAAUUAAAACAUAGUUUUAGGGACUACUUGGAAGGUUAAAAGACAGCAUUAAAUUUAGUAAAUGAAUGUAAUCAUAUCAUAAGUUAAUCACAUAAGAUGGAUUAACUAAAAUUAUUUUCAAAUAUACAUAAAUUUCGAAGUUAAUUAAAAUAAAGAUCCUCUGUUAGAUUAUCUAUGAUCUAAAAUAAUUCAUAGACAGAUGAUCUUCUUUAAAGAAAAAUUAAAAUCUAAGAAAGAUUUCAUAAAAUUCAAGCAUUAAUAUAAUAAAGAAUGUAAUCAAAAAAUAAAAAAGAUUCACUUAGAGAUGUUUAAUUAUUUAAACAUUUAUUUGAAACUUGUGAAAAGAAUGUUAAUAAAAUUAAAUCAAAGAAUCUAUUAUCAGAAAAAGCUGAUGGAGUUAGAGAAUUUGAUUAAAUUAAAUAUUCUAAGAAUCCAUAAGGAUCAUUAAGAGUACGUCUAAACACUGAAGACAAUUAAAAUUAAUCUAAUCAUAAUUUAAGGAGUAAAACUUUACCAGAUUAAUAAACAAUACACUUAACUAGAAAGAAGGAAAGAGAGAAAAUGAAUGCAAAAUUAACUGAAUUUUUAGAACAUAAUCAAAAUUAAGAAAAAAAUCUACUUCUUAAAGCUAAAAAAAAUUUAGUUAGAGAAUUAAAGAAUGGUAAUUAAAAAUUUCAUUAAUUUGAACCUAAUAGAUAUAAUAUUACAGAUCCAUUAAGUAAAGAUGUAAAAUUUUAUGCUUAUAUGUUUAUGAAACCUAAAAAUGAAGAUAUAUUAUAGAAAAAGGAUUAAAAGUUUAAAUUCUUAUGUAAAACUGCUAGAGUUCAAAAAAAUACUUAGAGACAUUACUUAGCAAAUUUUGAUAAAAUGUAAUCUAAUUCUAGAGAUGAAAGCUUAGAGGAAGAUUCUUCAUUCAACUCUAUGCUUGAAAUCAAUAUAGAUAAUCUUUAUAAAAGAAGCACUGAUUUGUAAAAUAUGAUUCUAAAUACAAAAUCUGAAAAGUUUGUUAAAAGAAUUAGACAAUUCUAAAAAGUGCAAUCCUUAACUACUUAAAUAAUUAAAGUUAAUGAAUAAAAACUAUCUAAUACUAAAUUAUUAUGA